AUGAGUUAUAGAAAUUCAAAUAAUAAUUUUCAAUAUGAUAAUAAAUAUAAUGAACAGCAAGAUCGAAAUAGUUUGAGUAAAUUACGUUCAAAAUAUUGGACAACAAAACAACUUGUAAUUAAAAAACUUGGCCGAGAAGAAGAUGAAUUUGUUAUUGCAUCGGAUGCUGAUGUUGAUGCUAAACUUGAAUUACUUUUUACAAUUAAAAAAUCAUGUCAUGAUUUACUUCGUAUUAUGGAUCGUUAUCAAACAAAUGUUCUUAUUCUUUCUCAUGAAGAAACAGAUAUGGCUCGAUUUUUAAAAGAUUAUGCUCAAGCAGAUAAAAAUCGUGCAGGUAAAAUCAUGGCAAGUGUAUCUAAAGUACUUGCAUUUACAGCACAACAACGUUUAAGUUUACGACAACCAUUAUUACGUUUACAUAAUGAAAUCGAAACAUUUCGUCUUCGUGCAGUAACAGAUACAUUUACAACAGUAAAACGAAUGGAAACAGCAAGAACAGAAUAUCGUGGUAGUAUUCUAUGGUUAAAAGAUGCUUCCGCACAACUUGAUCCAGAAAAACAAUUAGAAAAAUUUCGUCGAGUACAAAGUCAAGUGAAAGUAGCAAAGACUGAUUAUGAUAGAUUAAAAUCGGAUGUCAUACAAAAAAUUGAUUUACUCACAGCUAGUCGAUGGUGA